AUGUUGCCAACUAAAUCCAAGGACCCUGGUAGUUUCACUCUUCCAGUCACUAUUGGGAGUUUAGCUAUUGGGAAUUCUUUACUUGAUUUGGGGGCUAGCAUCAAUCUCAUGCCCUUAUCUAUGCUUCAGAGGAUUGGUGAUUUGGAGGUGAAGCCCACUCGCAUGACUUUGCAGUUGGCUGAUCGAUCUGUGAAGUAUCCUCAUGGCAUAGUGGAGGAUGUUCUGGUGAAUGUGGACCUUUUCUUGUUUCCCGCUAAUUUUGCAGUGAUGGAUAUAGAAGAGAACAUUGAUGUACCUCUCAUUCUUGGCCGACCAUUCAUGAAGACUACAAGAGUUCUAAUUGAUGUGGAUGAUGGGAAGCUUAAGGUGAGAGUGAAUGAUGAAGAAGUCAGCUUUGAUGUUUUUGAUGCCAUGCACUACCCCAAGGACAAGAGUAGUUGCUUCCGGGUCGAUAGUACCUCCAUGAAGAAGAAGAUAAAGAGAUUGACCGCCAUUAAAAAUCUUGCCGCGCUCCCCCGUCUGUUGGAUUGCAAGCUCGUUCUGUCGCUUGCAAAUUUGCCUUAUAGGGAGAGGGGCCUAGAGAGCAUUAUGGGGAAAAACUUGUGGCGUGAGCUUAAGCAUCGCUACAAUGUUGCUGAGCUCGAGGUUCCCGAGCUCUCGGAGAAGGAUGCUGCCCCCUGA